UUCGCCUCAGCUCGGGCGCGUGUGUAUAUAUACCCGUGUCUUCAGAGCUACGAUCGGUAGUAGCAGAAACAUCUUGUUUUCUCUCAAUUUCUCUCCAUCCAAACGGAAUCAUCAGAAACUUCCUGUUUCUCUUUCCAUUUCCCGAGAUGGAUUUCGACAGCCUCCCGAGAAGAGAUCUCCAAUCUCUCUGCAAGAAGAACAAAAUUCCCGCCAACAUGACCAAUAUCGCCAUGGCCGACGCUCUCAAAGCUCUCGAGAUUGUUGAAGGACUCGAAGAGCUCCUGAACCAAACCGAAUCCACUGCUCCCCCGUCUCCAACUACUGUGGUAAAGGAGCUGCCAACUACUGCUCGUACUGCAAUUAGAACAUCUCGGAGGACCAAUACGAAAGACGCAACCCAAACUUCACAGUGGGAGACUCGUUCUUGUCAAGUGACAAGAAAGUCUCUUGCUGGAGAAAUGGAUCAAGAGAACAAAAACAUGAAUGUGCUGCAGAGUUCAGCAGUACCAGCCAGCCGAAGAAGGGCAGCUACCUCAGUUGCUCAGAAUUCUGAGAGUAAUGAUGGGGAAACUCAAAAUGAGGCCAAAUUUGAGGCCAAUGUGCCCAAAACUCCAGCUGCACGAAGCACUAGAAGGAAGGCUCCGCUACCAGCAUCUUCAAGAAGCAAGGCACCGGAACUACAGCAGGUUUACAGCACAAGGAGGUCAGUCAGGUUGUUGGAGAAAUCCAUGGCUGAUUUGAGUUUAAAACCUAAAGGAGACCUGGAUGAAAAGGACAAGGCUGCACAAGAGAAGGAUCUGGCGGGUCCUGGGUUUCAGGGAAAAUUAGAUGAUAAUUCGGAAAGGGCAGAACAGACUGAAGUUAUCCCAGGAAGAGAUCUAAGUGCUACCCUGGAGAAAGAAUGGGAUAUGAGAAAUGAAGCUCUAGAGCAUGACAAUGGCAGUGGUGACCCUGAGGCUGAUCCGGAGAUUGUAGAAUCUGAAGCAAACAUUGAUCUUGGUGAUGUUUCUGUCUCGGAUGCAAAAUCUGAGAUCUGCAAGGAGAAGAUGAAUGAAGUUGAAAUUUUCAAGGGAUGUGACACAGAGGAAACCGGAGCUGAAGGAAAAGGAUCCGAGGUUAUGCAAGAUUUAGAUUGUUCUCUACAAGUUACAGACAAAGAACUGUCGCAGGCUGGAGCUGCUCUGUCUCCUGGCGGCGAAAAGACCAUUCAUGAUGAUAAUUCUGAAGUGUGGUCAGGCCAUGCUGCUUCGGCCACAAGCCCUGUGGCCGCUGGAGAUAUUAUGGAUUCUGAAUUCGAAAAAGAACCUGUCGAACCUGAGCAAAUCAACGCAAAAGAUGAUGAUGAAGAUGAUGACCAGACGAUUGAUGAAGCCCUAAAAGAGGAUACUCUGAUCAAUGAAGAUGCUGCUCUCAGUAUGAACACUGACCAUGUCUCAGCUCAUCAUCCCUUGCAAGACAGCAACACUGACAGUGAUGAUUCAGAAUCUGAGUUUGAGGAAACCGAGGACACAGAAGAAGAAGAAGAAGGUUCUGAAGUGGAAUCAACUGAGGCCGUUAAUGAUGCAAGUCUGGAAGUUGAUAAUGUGGAGAUGGACAGCAGUAGUGAAUCAUCGGAAUCCGAUCCAGAGGAAGAUAGCACCAUCUCUGAUGCAGAUUCAAACACCGCGGUUUUCGGGUCUGACGCUUCCAAUUCAGAAUCGGAAGAAUAUGAAAACAACGUCGACGGCAACAAGAAGAAGACUCCAACGCCAGAGGGUAAAGGCAAAACACCAAUGUCUCCACCAUUCGCAGCAGAAUCAAUCUCAGGCCAGUUCCCAAGGCCGACACUCUCGACAACUCCGGCGAGCGAGAAGAAACAGCCAAUCAUCCUCGCUGACGUGGACAAGGAGAACACGGAGAGUUACAAAGCAGAGAUGCCUAAGAAGAAUGCGUUUGAUGAAGAGGGAUUGAGAAAGGAGAGCCUAAGGCAACUGACGAAGAUGGUAAAGGAUCUCGUGAUAAAGACCAACAACAACAACAACAACAACAACAGAACGGCGUUACAGUCACUCCCGGACAAUCAGAUUAACUGAAUUCCUUACAUCAACAUCAACUGCUUCUUCUUCUUCAGUUCAAAUUUCAAUGGUAAUAAUAAUGUCCGUUGAGAAUCUCUUUUUUCCUUGAUACUUUUCCAGAUGGUUUCUAUGUCAUCAUAAUAAUAACAAUAAAAGACGAUUCUUGUUCUGUUUUUAUGGUCUGAGUAAAGCAAAAAUGCCAUCAA